UCUCCUCCGCCAGCCGGCCGCCUGCCGCUCUGCUCUCCUCCUCUCCAGCUGCCAUGGCUAGCACUGUAGCAGCCUACCAUGAGAAAUUGAAGGAGAUGUCCAUGCUGUCUGUGCUCUGCUCCUGUUUGUACUCACAACCACAUAGAAACAGCAUCUACCAUUAUGGAGCAGACAUGGAGGUGAAGCCCAUGAACAAAUGUGCAUCUGGACAGUCCUUUGAAGUGAUACUGAAGGCCCCAGCUGACCUCUCCACAGACCCCCCCCAGUACUUGACCUUGGCCCCAAUGAAAAAGGAUGUAUCCUUAGAUGACCUUCAGAAGAGGCUGGAGGCUGCAGAAGAGAGAAGAAAGUGCCAAGAGGCCCAAGUGCUGAGGCAGCUAGCAGAGCGACGUGAGCACGAGCGUGGGGUGCUCCACAAGGCCCUGGAGGAGAACAAUAACUUCAGCAAGAUGGCCGAGGAGCGGCUCAGCUACAAGAUGGAGGUCAGCAAGGAGAACAGAGAGGCCUACCUACACGCCUUAAAGCAGAGGCUUCAUGAGAAGGAAGCGCACGCUGCUGAAGUCCGCCGCAACAAGGAGCUGCAGGCCGAGCUUUCUGGUUGAAGACACUUUGUACACACACUCUUCGUGAAGAACGAUGCCUAGGAGAACGUUCUUUCUUUUUUACCUUUUUGGUAUCAAAGAUCAUAGUCAUGAACGCCUGCCUCAUUCCUUCUUAAGUAGGAAAACAGACUGCAAGUAUCAUAGUUACUGUAUUUACCUCACAUAUAAAUUCAGAUAAUUAAAUCUUAAAAUAUCAGUUAAUCUCAAUUGACUCUUCAGGUUCAUGUAAGGUUUUAAUUUACCUGAAAUUAAAGUUGUCUAUACGGUAUACACACACUGAAUACUUAAAUACUUGAGACAUGUACAAAUUAAGCAUGUAUUUAAUUCCU